CUCUUCUCUUGCCACGCCCUCGGCGUUGCUAGUAAUCCGUUCAUUUGCCGCGCGAUAAUUCAGCAUCGAAAAUUUCAGACAGCAGAGCCAGAGAUUGAAUCAGGUUUUCUAGUUCCUUCAAAAGCCAAUGAUUCCUCUGAUAUCCUCGAAGGCACGUUGAUCAAGGUACGUCCUCGCGCACCAGAGUCUACCUUAGUCGCCAUCUCCAACGUCGCGACGCUCAUCAAACAGAUCAGAGCAGCAUUCGCGCCUCAGAUGCAAUAA